GAACUGUACGUGAAGGCGGAACACUAACUACCCAGGCGUCAGAUUUAAGCCCUGGCGGGAAUCCGGAAAGUCACAGGCUGUUUUUUUCCCUCACUAGUUCUCAGCUUGAGCUUUAUUUUGCGAUUUCAUUAGAGCAGAUCUCUGCAAAAACUCUAAUAUGGUUCGUACAAAGGCUGAUGGUGUACCUGGGACGUACAGAAAGGCUGUAGCUGCAUCCGCACCAAGAAAGUCGCUUGGAGCCUCCAGCUCUGCAAAUGCAUCUAGUAAUUCUCAAGCAGCUGCUGCUGCCAAAGGUAAGUAUGCUGGUGGUAAUCCAGUGUGCCCGAGGCCGACCCCUGCGUGGCAGAAGGGCAUCGGGGAUUUUUUUGGCGGACCUGGCAGGAAACCAGAGAAAGAGAACGAGCUGCCAUUAUCGGAUGAAGAAGCUGGUAGCAGCAGUGCAUCCAAAGCUCCUAGGAGAGCCAGACCACUGUCAGAUGAUGAAGAGGAUGAAUGAAGUGUGUACACCUGUUUAUUUUAAGCAAUUUUAAAUGAUUUGGGUUGUAAUUUGUGGAGUUUCUUUUUGUAUAUUUUUGUACAUAGCUUCUUUUUUGAUGAAGAGAACAAUAAAUGAAAUUUCUCUCUUUCAUCUUUGUGUGUAUGUACUGGUGCCUUUUUUGAUACUGUAUGAAUAAAAGUUAAAAUGUUAA